CUAUUAACAGUGGCUACUGCUUAAUUUCUGAAGUUCACACCCCCUACCAAAUUUCUAUAAAUUCCCCCUCAUCCCUUCCUACAUUUCUUCGCUCAGCUGCUUCACAUUUCCUCCGCCCUUACUAGCUCUUCCUUUCCAAGAUCCAAUCUUCAUGAAAAUGGCUCUUGUUGGAGUUUUCUUUGUGGCUUUGCUUGCAAUGGUCUCUUGUGUUAAUAGUUAUGGUGGUGGUGGCUGGAUUAAUGCUCAUGCAACCUUCUAUGGAGGUGGUGAUGCUUCUGGCACAAUGGGUGGAGCUUGUGGUUAUGGGAACCUGUACAGCCAGGGGUAUGGUACGAACACUGCAGCUUUGAGCACUGCUCUGUUCAACAAUGGUUUGAGCUGUGGAUCUUGCUAUGAGAUUAGGUGUGCUAAUGACCCUAAAUGGUGCCUGCCUGGCUCCAUUGUGGUCACAGCCACCAAUUUCUGCCCUCCAAACAAUGCACUGCCUAACAAUGCUGGGGGCUGGUGCAACCCCCCUCAGCAACACUUUGACCUCUCACAGCCUGUGUUCCAGCACAUUGCUCAAUACAGAGCUGGAAUUGUUCCUGUAGCCUACAGAAGGGUACCCUGCAGGAGGACAGGAGGCAUAAGGUUCACAAUCAAUGGUCACUCCUACUUCAACCUGGUCCUCAUCACCAACGUCGGAGGUGCUGGUGAUGUCCAUGCUGUAGCCAUAAAGGGGUCCAGAACUGGUUGGCAACCAAUGUCAAGAAACUGGGGCCAAAACUGGCAGAGCAACACUCUUCUAAACGGACAAAGCCUCUCAUUUAAAGUCACAACCAGCGACGGCCGUAGUGUUGUCUCCAGCAAUGUUGCUCCUCCUAACUGGUCCUUCGGGCAGACGUUCUCCGGCGGCCAAUUCCGCUAGGGUGACAAUCCCGCAUGUACCCUUGGCGGCCGAAGUAUCUUCUAGGGUUUUACUUUGAUAUACUUGGGGUAUUAAAAGUAAUAUUAGGGUGACUUUAGGGUAGAUAUAAUAUAUUAAUAUUAAAUGUAAUACUGUGUGAGAGGGUCAGUGUUUGGCCUCUUGGGUCAAAAUGAGGAUUGGGGCUUAUUUUAAGUUGCCCUUUGCCCUCAUUUUGAGGUAAUAGUUAGUGUCACUCUUUGGAGGGUGUCCUACAUUUGAAGGGACCUUUUAUAUUAGUGUUGGGGUCUUUUCAAUUUUUCCUUCUGCCUUUAGAGAGGCAGAAGAUGGCAGAGGUGGACUGUCACCACCCGCCCACUACCAUUUGAAUAUUUUUUUUUUUUCUAAGCAUUAAUGUGUGGCCAUUGUAAGCAGGGGGAAUGAUGCUCCUCAGUUGCUGUAUUUGAAGUUUGAACUAUAUGAAACUAAUGUGUAGAUCUCCAAGUUUGAAC